AUGAGCCCGAUAUAUGGCAGAAUUACGAUCAUUAAGCCGAACAAUGAGUUCGGCGGUGUCUAUGAGAUGGAUAAACGGACUUGCUUGAUUGGAAGAUCACGGACAUGCAACAUCCGUAUAAAAUCAAAUGCCGUUGAAAAGGAACACUGCGCGGUGGAAUUCAAUCAUAAUGGCCAGGCCUUUCUUAAAAACCUGGCCAGUCACCGCGCAGUUCGAAUAUUUGACAGACGGGUUCCAACAUGUGCGAAGCUGAACCACGGCGACAUAUUCCAUGUUGAACAUCGUUCGUUCAAGUUCGAAUAUUUAGAGCAUUCGCCGUAUGGGAAAAUAGUCGAGAACCACCGAAGGCCCAACUUGGAGCGAUGUCGACCUGGUCUGAAGCUUCAACAACCGCCAUGA